UAGUGAGCAAAGAAGAAGAAAUGAUCUCAACCUGGUUGGUUGUUUUUGUUUACAGUCUGGUCUGCAUUUAAAAGAUCCUGUAAAUAAAGAAGUUUACUUCAAACGCAUGCUGCUUGCUGCUUUAGAAGCUAGUAUAAAAUGUGAGACGUUGAAUAAAACGUUUUGUUUUCAGUAUUGAUUUACAAUGAGAAAAGUAAUCGUAGGAAUUGGUGGGAUGACAAACGGGGGAAAGACCACUCUGAGUAAAAGUCUUCAGGAGCUUCUGCACAACAGCUGUGUUAUUUCUCAAGAUAACUUUUUCAAGGAUGACUCUGAGGUUCCUGUUGAUAUCAGUGGCUUUAAAGAAUAUGACACUUUGGGCGCCCUGCACAUGGACAGAAUGAUGGGAGACAUCGGCUCGUGGCAGGAGGAUCCUGUGGGAUUCAUGACAUCUCAUGGUUGUGCAGUGAAACCCACAGCAUCAGAGCCGAGCAGUGCGUUUGUUCUUAUAGUGGAGGGAUUCCUGAUUUUUAAUCACCGGCCUCUUAAUGCUUUGUUCGACAAGAAAUACUUCCUCCAGAUCCCUUAUGAGACCUGCAAAGAGAGGAGAAGCUCAAGAGUCUAUGUGCCUCCAGAUCCACCAGGCUACCUUGAUGGCUACGUUUGGCCCAUGUACCUAAAAAACAGAAAAGCGAUGGAAGAAAGUGUAGAUGACAUAGUGUUUCUGGACGGCACACAGAAGAGAGAGACGUUGAUCUCAACAGUUUUUGCAGACAUCCAGGAAAUGCUUCUGGUUACAGGGAGAUGAUCUGUCAUUUGAGUAAUUCAGCAUUUACGUAAUAUUGAAGCACACUUGCAUGAAAUUCCGUUUUUUCUGUGUUUGCAUGUCAUUGUCAGAUUGAGAGGACCACACUUUGAAGCCGUUUAUUCCCGCAAGUACACUUUUAUCAGCACAUUCUUUAUAGUAUUCAUUAAUGGGCAAUUUCAAUUCCUCAUUAAAGUGCAUUUACUGUUAUCAUGAAGCCUAGAAAUCCCUCAAAAUAAGAGAAGCUCAUCAUAUUUUCUAGAUAAUGUAUUAAUGCUGAUUUAAAAUGGGGAACUUGUAUUGAAGACUUCCGAUUUUAGUGUGUGUGUGUGUUGAAGUGAAUUCAUAAACAUGAUUUUAUAUACAUAGAAUAUAGAAUACUUGUGUUUCAUGUUUAAAAACAAUAUUUGUUUAGUGAAAAUGUCUAAAUGUGAGUGAAGUAUGAAAAAAAAUAUAUAAAUAAUCUGACUUGAACUUAUCAAAAUAUGAAAAAUAUGUUUAAGCAGCAUGGCCACAUAUACGAAUAGGUGAUAAUAUAUGUGAUCAUCAUUUUUUUUAAAUUAUAAUUUAGAUAUUCAUUAAAAACAUCUUACUGACACAUGGGUAAACCCAACGUGGUGUGAAGGAUAGUGGCAAUCAAACCGGCUUAGUCCCCAAUUUAUUAGGGGUUUUCACAGCGACAUGAACCAAUAACUAUUCCAGCAUAUGGUUUACAUAACGGAUACCCUUUCAGCCGCAACCCUGUACUGGGAAACACCCAAACACUUGUAUUCUUACACACACACACACACACACACACUACAUCCAAUUAUGUUUACCCAAUUCAUCAUUAGCACAUGUCUUUGGGCUGUGGGAGAAACCGGAGCAUGCAAACUCCACGCAGCAAUGCCAACUGGUCCAGUUUGGACUCGAACAGCGAACUUUUGCUUUGAGGCAACAGUGCUAACCACUGAGCCACUGUGCUGCCGGUGUUCUGUAGAUUUGUCCUACCUUGUCAGGUUGUCCUAUCUCCCAUUCAAAAAGUAGGUGGCACAUUUUGAUGAUGCAAUAUGCUACCCAUCAGAUUUUGCUACCAGUGUAAAUUUUAAUGCACAGUCUUCGUUUUUAAAUCAAACUUAAAUAUGACAGUUAUGCAGCAAGACAGGAUCUAAAACAUUUGAAAGUUAAACAAUAAGACAGUUUUUCUCUUGUGUUUUACCUAAUCAUGAUUGUGUCCUUUUUUCAGUCUGGUCUGCACUCAUUACAUGCCAUUACAUAACUUAUUAACUCAUUCUUAGGUAGAAAUGUGUAUUUUUUGAAAAGAUGCUACUGCAGGAACAUCUUUAAUUUAUGUAUAACCUUAAUACAGCUUUAAUACAGCU